AUGACCCGGAAAGCCCUCUCAUAUGGCGAGAUUGCAGACAACGUCUUGCCUUCUGUAGUCUUCACGGUCGACGGCUUGAACAAACUUGCGCAAUGUGUGGAUGCUUAUGUGCAACUAGCGCCUGCCGACCGGCCUGCUUUUUUUCGCGAAGCAAUGGAAGCUAUCUGGCCACACGAGCUGGAUUGGUCUAGCAGACCACAAACUACAGAGUUCAAAAGCCAGUGGUCGGCGUUGAGACGCUAUUUCGCGGAACAAGGCCGUAUCCGAGGUCCACCGGCUAUGCCCGAGAAGCUUAGCACGCACAAAUGGACUGGGUUGCGAGUGUGCGGGAUCGUCUAUCGCGAAGCCAUCGACGAAAUGGUGUUUUUGGGCACAGGAAUGCGGCCGGGCGACACCAGAGGAUAUAUUGGACAGCGGAUCAAAUGCCAGACGGUGUUUUACUGGAAGCUGCCUUCUGGCGACCGGCUUCAGCUGACAGAGAUGGCCAACGAGUGGCAGUCUGGUUCUGCGCCUGUGGAACAGAAGAUGGAAGCGUACUACCGCCGCUUCCAAACUUGGAUCCGAAAUGUCCAUAUGACGGCCAUACGCGAGUUUGGCCAGCAUCUGGUGACAAUGGCGAUUCCUGAACCUGGACUCACAAACCCACCACGCCUCCAUGAGUUCAUGUAUGAGUUGCGCAUAUUGGACAAGAAAUCGCAAUUGAAACGCAAGACGACUUGGACCAUCGACGAGACUAGUUUCAUCGGACACGACGGACUCGUCCUGAACGCGAAUGAAUACGAUGAAGAGCUGUUCUUUAAAGAAGCAAUAUCAAUGGUAUAUACCAUUGUCCGAAUGGCGCACAGUAAUAUAUCAAGCUUCCGCGACCUUGACCCGCCAUGGGCAUCUUUCCACUUACUGGUCAACGGCAAGUACUUGCUGCCCGAUAUACCCAUGACCAUUCCGACCGCUCUGCGCCAACCUAACUGCGCGAAGUAUCUGAAGCACUGGUUUACGGUCACAAACGGUUUGAAGUUCGAACGAUGGCAGAAGUUCGAACGAUGGCAGCGCAAGAAUAGCUUGCCUAUGAACCCAAUCCCCCUGGAGGAGAGGUGGUGGGCGAGCUCCAUGCCAAGCUACGCGAGACCGGCAGACAUCAUCCCGCAGGCAGCUCGCGCGGCUCUCGAAUUUGUGCCUAAGCUGGUUCGCCGCCCGGGGAAAGAUGGUUUGUUUUUGCACCCGUCACCGUACGGGAGCCAGCGGGGGCAUAUCGUGCAUGACGACUCCGUGAGCGAACAGGAGAUGCUGGAGAUGUUGGAUAUACCUUCGGUGCCCGAUCCUGACGACUUGCUAACGUCGGCAGAGGACAACAUUCCGCCUUACCUUGUGCCCACUAAUAGCGAGGCUAGAGCUCAGUGGAGUAUUUCUCAGAUUCAGCACCAUUGUCCUGGUUUAUCUCCCCGCGUUACUCGCGGAUUAAAGUCUGCGAUACAGCAAUUAGUCGAACUGCCUAUGAUCCCGAAUUGCUCUUACCCGCUGACCGCGGCGGGAAAACGUGUCAGACUACCUGACAAUCUAAGGUGGACCAUGCGCUCAACCGAGCCCAAUGCUUCCACCAACAUGGCUGGGUGGUUGCUAUUUCUUCAGGGUUCGCCAUGGCGGGUGAUCCAAGCUGGUGUCGACGUCUUUUCUGGGACCGAACUUGCCUGGACUUUUGUGCUAGGCUGGGUGUCAUACUUGCGUGGUUUCGCCGCCGCAGGAGGUUCAUCUACUGGCGAUCAUGGUGUGGAAACGUUUACCGCCGGUGCCUCGACAUGCAUUGCGAUCUUUGAGGAUUUCUCCAACGCCUUGACUCAAUACAACGAGCGAUAUCAGUAUCCUGGGUGGCCGCCCUGCGCGAAGUACGCGAUAGUCAACUCCAGAACGCACUACUUGGCGUAUGUUUUGCGUAACGAGACACAAGAUGUACUCCUGCCCCUCCUGCGACUUGUGGCCCGAAUGGAACCUGGUCCCAUUCAACAUCCUUUCGCGGUUGUUCCGCAUUCUUCAUCGAGGGACGGCCCCUCCUGGAUUACAGAUCCCAAUGGGGUUCCAUCCUGGCAAUGGCAACGCUGUGGGUUACCCCCGUCUUUGCAUGGCCGACCAGACCUUGCGCAGAUUAUCCUCGACUGGCUGAAGCGGCCGGACCUUCUCAUCGACCCAUCAACAAAUAAAGCUCGCUCCCUCGAGACCGGACUGGCAGUCAUGUUGAAAAUCGCACUGAUAUUCGCUGAUCUGGAGAACCUGGACGACGAAGCCUGGACGCACCCCGGCGCAGCGUUGCUCCCGGGCUCUUCCAUCCGGCUGCAAACAAAGCAACUGAAAAGCGCCAUCGCGGAAUGGGCGAACGAUGCCGCUGUGGGCCUCGAGUCUACCCUGCCCGCCAUUGAUGACGUUGACCUAUUCGGUGAUGACGACGGCAAGGAAGAUUCCCAGCUCGGUGAUGGCUCAUCGUCGCAUCAUCCCUCAGACACCGUACGAGGUAGCUCUCCAGCCGGCCAGAGUCAUGCGCAGGACUGGAUGCCGAGCGGGCUGAACCCUGCUUUCCUUGCGGUGGACAUGGAUGACAUCCAACUUCCACAUUCCGUGGAAGAAUAUCGGCAAAUGAUAGCGAACGAACCGAGAUCGGCUGUACAGGAGCUUACUCGAAAGGGUUUGCGAGGCUUAGCGGAGCUGGAGGAGAGGAGGCGCACAAAUCGAAGGAUGCGAGCGGAGGCCAGAACCGUCGGUACCACCCCGGCGAAGAGGACGGUGAAGCUACCAGCGCCUAUUGUCACCGGCGGUGGAUGGCAACCACUGCCGCCGGAAGAUCAGUUGUGGCCGCAAUCAGACGAUGAAGAGCCUCCUCCGCCCUCAAAGCGGCGAAAGACCAUGGUCGUUCGGAGACCCAAGGUAUCGCCCGCAGGCCAGGCUGGUGCAAAGCGUGCAGGUGCCGCCGCUAAGCCCAAAGGAGCGCGGCCCAAGGUUGGCGGCAAGAGGGGCGCGGGUAGUCGCCGAAAGAAACAACGACCCCCGACACCUGAGCCUCAGUCUAGCUCGACAGAUCGCAGCACGCAUUCGCCGUCAACCGCCUUCGACCCGGCGAUGGUGAAUGACGAGGUCCGCAGCACCGUCGGGACCGACAGCAGUGAAGAUAUGCCAGCCACCAUCAGCCGUCCGCGGACCUCCCGCUUCAGCCAGCUCAUCGAACCUGUGACGUUCGAAUUAGAGGGCACGGCGAGCAGCUCAUGGGACAUCGAUAGCGACGCUAUCGGAUCCGCUGCGGCACUGGGCCGUGGGGAAGCCCAUGCGCGUCUUCGUAUCGUCUCUGUGCGUAAGUGGCAGCGUCCUGACGAGCCCCAUGUAAAAUUGCGAAAACGUCCUGGCUGUCGUUAUGCCCGCUGUCUAUUGCUCUCGCACACUCAAAGGUCGACAGUUGAAGUCGACGACAUCCUUCUGCGACAGCUCUUGCAUCAGCAACGAACACUUUCACAUCUGCGCCCUGUCAUAAUUGUUAGAAACAAUAUCAUCCGCCUUAAUGAAUCUUACCUCGUCCUCCAGGGCGCCCUUGACGAGCUUCACAGCGUCCGAGAUUAG